UCUCCAACAGUCGAGAAAACAUUAGCACCAUGUUCACUAAAGUGUUGCUCGUCUGCGCCAUCGUCGCCGUGGCCCUAGCCAACGACUUCCCCCACGGCAUCCACCCCGCCAUCUGCCCGAACUACCCGCUCUGCGACGCCGAAGUACUCGCCCGCUACACGCCGGACGGCAUGCCCAUCCCUGACUGGGACCUGCCGCUUGCCCGUUCGGCGGCUGCGGCGAUGCCCGCUAUUGAAGCCCCCCGGUACCCCGCCGAUUUCGACCCCGCCCUGUGCCCCAACUACCCGUACUGCUUCUAUAACUACUGUGACGACAUGCAUCUAAUUGUAGAAACGUGGUAG